AUGUCUCAGCGUUUAUUCCUCACGUUGGUAAAUAUUAUUGCCGCAGCUGCGUUUGAUACGGCUGCCAAUUUGGAGGCCCCAGUAGAAUUUGGACUUAUUGAUAUUGGGAACGUCAGCUUCAGUGCAGAUCCCCGAUUCACCUCAGGACACUUGACUACGGGUGCGCCGUUAGUAGUGUACCAAGGUAAAACAGAUAUCAAUACGACACUGUUACCGUACCCAGGGUCUGACUACCAGCCAGAUUUGGAGGGCAUACAGGCCUUUGUUGAUAAGAUGAACUCACCACACUACGACGGCUUAGCAACACGUGACUACGAUUUGGAAGGUGCCCAGUCAGUUACUGUCGCUCAAGUGUUAGACUUGUUGGCCAUGGGACGGACAGACCGUGACAACCUUGGGUACAAACGCGAUGACUGUAAUAAUGGGUACUGGCAUAACUUUACCAAUAAGUUAUUUAGAGCAUACAACAGAAUAGACGAGAAACUUGCUUCGAACGUACUACAAUUUACAUGGUCUUUGGCUACCUCGGUCCUAGGUGAGAUGUCUGGUUACAUACAGCUGGGUCAACAGUCAGCUGCCAAUACCAAGGCAGCGUCACAACCGCAUCAAUGUGCAGGGCGCUCUGACUGGCUAAACUAUGAUGCGUCUGAUGGAAAGUGCUAUACGUACUGGGUGGGGGUAGCGCCUUGGACAACCGGUCCGAACUGUGAUACUACUGCUCGUGAAGAUUUGAUGGCAUCAGCUUUUGCGUUCGCUUACGAGACUUUGAACCAGGUCAAAGGUACGUCCAUGUGUGUAUCAAUGACCCACGAUGGUACUUGGCAUGCUGAUGUACGGAUUGCACGGUGGGAGGAAGCUCAAUUUUGUGGUAUUAACUUAUGGAGUAUUCCGUGUGACGACGCAAAUUUUGUUUAUGGACCUGGGCAUGAUGAGUUGUAA